AGAGAAAAGCUCCUGCUGAAGCGACUGAUCUCCACACUGUUAUAAAGAUGGCGUUUAUUAAAGAGGAGAGUGAAGAUGUGAAGAUUGAAGAAACAUUCAGAGUCAAACAUGAAGAUCUGCAGGACCAAACAGACCUGAUGGUGCUGAAAGAAGAGACUCAUCAAUGGAAUGAAAUGGAAGAGAAACACCAAGACAUAACGACUGAUGAAAAACCCACACUGACUAAAAAGACUUCAUGCGGAAGACCUCGGAAAUCCAAAUCCAGGUGUAAUUUCAGCUGUAAACAGUGUGGAAGGAGUUUCAGUCAAAAGCCAAGCCUUGAUGUUCACAUGAGAGUUCACACUGGGGAGAAACCUUACAGCUGCGAACAGUGUGGAAAGAGUUUUGGUCAAAUACAAGGCUUUAAAACCCACAUGAGAAUUCACACUGGAGAGAAGCCAUACACAUGCCAACAAUGUGGAAAAAGCUUCUACCAUGCAGGAAACUUGGCAGUGCACAUGAGAAUUCACACUGGGGAGAAGCCUUACUCUUGCCCUCAGUGUGGAAAGAGUUAUAAGCAAAAUUGCACCCUUGAAGUCCACAUGAGGAUUCACACUGGAGAGAAACCUUACACAUGCACAGAGUGUGGUAAAAGUUUCCCAUAUAAAAACACACUCAAACACCACAUGAUAAGUCACACCGGACAGAAGCCGUUUGCAUGUGCUCAGUGCGGAAAGAGCUUCACAACCAAAGCUAGCCUCAAGAACCACAUGGAUGGUCACACUGGAACUAUAGUGUUUACAUGUGAUCAGUGUGGAAAGAGUCUCACACGCAAAGACUCCAUUAAGAGCCACAUGAUGACUCACUUAGGAGAGGAUCGUUUUAGAUGCAGUGAGUGUGGAAAGGGCUUUAACCGUAAAAGAAGCCUCAGCGCUCACAUGAAGCUUCACAAUGGAGAGCAGAGUCCUCAAAAAUGAAGCCUUGUCCACACAAACACAGGUAUAUUCAAAAUGGCAGCUUUUUCAUGUAGUUUGGCUGUUCAUUCAUGUGAAGUUUAUUUAUGAACUAUUUUCGUUUUCCCAGGGUUCCCAUGUUUCCUCCCACAGUCCAAAAACACACGAGCUAAGUAAACUGAACAUUCUAAAUCUUAGUAAGCCAUAUAUCUCUCUUUAGCCAUUCCUGUAUUUGUCAUUAGAACAGAAACAAGUCAGGAGAGUUCACUGAGAU